CAAGUACGUUAGCAACUGACAUAAGAAGAAGAGAACAUAACAGAACUGAAAUGGUCUCUGCUUUCUCUCUCUAUCUCUAUCUUUACCUUUGAAAAGUCUCAAUCUUUACAACUUCAACCCCAAGGAAAACCUAACCAAACCAAACAAACAAACCUUAAAAAGAAACCCAGAUCACAAGAUCGAUCUCAACAACAAAAGAAGCAUCAAAGAUGGCAUAUGUGGAUCAUGCAUUCUCAAUAACUGAUGAAGAUUUAAUGGUGGAGACUUCAUAUACAGUCAAUAAUAAGCCACCGAUUAAGGAGAUUGCUCUUGCUGUUGCUCUUCUUGUUUUUGGUGUUGUUGGUAUUGUUUUGGGUACUUUCAUGACUUACAACAGAGUUGGUGGUGAUAGAGGGCUUUUCUUUGCGAUAUUGGGAGUGGUUCUGUUUAUUCCAGGGUUUUAUUACACAAGGAUUGCAUAUUUUGCGUAUAAAGGAUACAAGGGCUUCUCUUUCUCCAACAUACCACCUGUGUAAUUGAUGAUAAACAAGCUCAACAAGCUGGAAUCCUGUCUCUACGCGCAUGUACAUAUCGUUCUUGAGUUGUACUUCUUUCUUUAAUGUGCCUUCUUUUGUGUUUUUUUUUUAAAUAAUUAUGUGCAGUAGAUGCUAGUUUCCUAAAGAACUGAUCUGUCAUGUGAUGUGAUUGGAUUGUUUUUCAUGUCUACAAAGGAUGAAAAUAUAGCACUUACAAUUUUUAGUUUCAA